UGUAAUAUUGUGUUGGUAUGCACUCUAGGAUCAGACCUUUGAAUCCUAUGCAUGACAAUGAGUUAACUAGCACGUUCUAUGUACUAAAUACAAAAUGGUUCUCCAAGAGAUCAUCAGUCCGUCUUCCAAGGAGUUUGUACUAAAGACAAAUACCCGAGACUUGAAAUCUCUUCUGGAAAGUCGUGUCAAACAAUUAUUUGGCGUAGAAUUUCAGAUUUUGCCAUCACAAGAAUCCGUAGCCUCGGACUUGGCGAACUUAGAAAAAUACGAAUCGUUACAGUGGAUUCGAGUAGUUUGUGAAGAAAAACCAGAACUUUUAGAUCAAGCCAAGGAAUAUAUUAUCAGUGUUUGCAGCCCCGAGGUCCGGUACCGUGUUGAUUUUCCAGUGUGCGACCUUUACGAGGAAAGAGGGUCUACUAAUGUUGUAGAURAGAUAGAGAGAAAGACGUCGGCCUAUUUGGCUGUGGAUUCCGAGGGAUUCCUUGAAAUUUGCGGGUCGAAGAUGGCUGUUGCAUUGGCUUCAUCGUGUUUGGAUCAAAUGAGAUCUCUCAUUCAUAAUGAUAGCACAAUUAAGAAAGACCUAAAUGAAAAUCACGUCCCGAAAGAAGAUUUUACGAAAUCAAAUGAGAAAGCGAACGAUCUUGAGCCAGAAGUGGUUUGGAAAAGAAGAGAAACGACGAAGCCAAAGGUUGUAAAACCUUCCAAGGCAAGCGAACCUUCCAAGGAAUCUACUUCUGGUAGUCAAAGUGAUGAACUUAAAGACUCUAAAAUUAAUAUAAAAUCAAUUAAUAUUGAAGAGGAAAAAGAACCUUGUACUAAGAAAACAAUGAAUACAGGUAUAGAAGAAGUAUCAGAUAGAACUUCGACAGAACAUGCGGUGCGUUCACAAGAUUCCAUUACGGAAUCCCAAACUCGUCAAACUCGCACUGAUCAAGAACUUGAACCACCGAAUUUGAUCGAUGGAGAGUCUUUAAGAGACUUUGCUCGCAAGUUAAGAUACUCAGAAUCCGAGGUAUCCUGUGCCUUAUCAAAAUUAGGGCCUGAAGCUGACAAUAAUAAACUUUUAUUGGAAUUAGUUAAGGCACAAAAUUCUGCAAAGCAGAUCGAAGAAGGAUCAUCGUUGGAACGACCGCUCGUAUCGCCUCCUGUUGUUAGCACUGAUCCAAAUACCUUUAGACCUAUCGUCAUCGAUGGAAGUAACGUGGCAAUGAGCCAUGGUAGCCAGAAAGUAUUUUCGUGCCGUGGAAUUGGGAUCGUUGUGGACUAUUUCAUUGGAAGAGGUCACAGGGACAUCAAGGUGUUUGUCCCUUCAUGGAGAAAAGAAGCAUCUAAGCCAGAAAGCCCUAUUAUUGAUCAAGAGGUCCUUACUCGUCUUGAAGAGGACAACAUCUUAGUAUGGACACCCUCAAGAUGUGUCAAUGGUCGACGUGUGAUUUGUUAUGACGAUAGGUUCAUUAUCAGGCUUGCACAUCAAACAGAUGGCAUUAUUGUUUCCAACGACAACUUCCGUGACCUUCAGAAUGAAAGCUCUGAGUGGAGAAAAGUCAUUGACCAAAGACUCUUGAUGUAUUCCUUUUCAGAUGACAGAUUUAUGCCUCCUGACGACCCUUCAGGGCGCUAUGGACCUAGCUUGAGUGAGUUUCUUCUGAAAGGAUGUGGCAAGCCAUGUCCUUAUGGCCGACGAUGUACCUAUGGUAAUAGAUGUAAAUAUCUGCAUCCUGAGAGAAACUCUAAGACAGAAGCAGAAAUGAUGAUGUUGGCCAACCGGUUAUCGGAGAAGGUGCAUUUGACUCCCCCUGUCAUCCCAUAUGGGGAAACCAAGCCAAGGUCUGGUUCUUAUAGGGAGUCUUGCACCCAGAGGCAAGGAAGGCCCUUGCCACCUCUUCCAGACAUGCCUGCCUACUUAUUAACAAAACCUUUACCACCAACUCCCACAGAAAUUCCUCCACCACGCCAUGCAAAGCCUCUCCCCAUUCCACAAAUUGAUAUGUACAAUAAUAUGGCUCGUCUCUUUCCUCCAACACUUCGCACCAAUCACUCCAUUCCAAGUCAAAGACCUUUUUCAGAUCCACUACCACAGUCACAACCAUACAGUGAAGUAAGUGGCAUGCCUGAACAUUAUAAUAGACCUUUAGCUCGCAGGGGAAGCCUACCUCCUGUAAUGCCUGACAGCUUUGAAGGGUAUCCUUCAUUGCCAAGGGGUAAUGGUCAUUACAAUCCACAACAAAUGUAUCCAAGUCAUCGAAACAUGGCACCUCCUCCUGACAUCCCACACGGAAUGGUAGUGCCAGAAGAAGUAUAUGGAGCAUGUGCUGGAUAUCAACCCUCGUAUCAACCAGUGCAACCUGGUUUUGCACAUCCUUGGGCAAUGACACAGUUUCAGCAACCUCAUGGACAAUAUCCUCAAUACCAAUACAACACAAACCCACACUUUCAUCCACGCUACCCUAACAACUUUAACAGUGGUCAAGGAAGUGGCUAUUACAGGACAAGAUCUUGUCCAACAGAUWCAGAGGUAACAGAUGGUCCAAGCGAAAGAAGUGAAGCAGCACUAGAAGAGGACAGGGUGAGAGUAUAUGAGAACCUACUGGAGGUAUUCCCUGGUGAUGCUGCUAAGAUUCUUAAGAUAAUGGAUGAUAAUCCAAAGGAAUCAAAUGUAGAAAAGCUGACUCAACUAUUGCUUGGAGAAGGAGAAGAACAAGAGGCAUAGGUUUUCAAAAGACAACUGAUGAUCUAUACAAGGCAUGCAAGAGGUAAUAUAUAGAUUACCAUUACCAAAAGAUAGCUACUGUAAUAGUCAUGCAUGAAGCUUGUCUGCCAUCAAAGUAAUUAUACACAUUGGCAAGCCAGUUAAGGUGCCAACGGUGAUAAUGUAAUCAAACAAAACCAGGUACAGUAAUACCUUUUAGGUAGUGAAUCCAGGUUAUAAUCAGGGAUGAAUCAAAACUCAAAUCAAAUUUAGAAGAACCCUUUCUUUCAUCUUUGAUAUUUCUAACCUGGGGGCUUGUAGUUAUCAUUUAGAGGAGUUCAAUUGCAGUUCAGAUUGUUCAGAUGAACCAAUGAUGCAAUCCCCUAGAUUUGCCUCUGACUAUAUGUCCAACUGAGCAAAAACAAUUAUUCUAAGGAAACAAACAAAUUAACUAAGCCAUAAAAAUAUGGCUUUAUGACAGUAUGUGGUAAACAUAUAUUUUACUUUGUAUCAUCUUAGUUACAAAAUUUAUCAGAGGUGGUUUGAGGUAAAUACCAUAAUGUACAUUUUAAAUUUUGCAGUGUGUGCAGCAUUUCAUAGGUGUGAUUCUUGUUAGCUUCUAGACAAAGGGAACAAAGGUCAACACAAAUUCAUAUCAAUACAGUUGCUAUGCCAACAUCUUUACAGUUGUCAUGACAACCACCCAUUCAAUAAUYAUGUCACAAUUUUUUUAAGCAUAGGAGCUUUUUUCUGAAGCAAGGUAUUCUGCUUGAAUUCUGUCAAGGGUAAAAUUAUAGCAAUUUGGAUCCCAUGUGUCCGUUAAAUCAAAAUAUUGUUCCUCCAAUUAGGAAGUUUAGUUGAACUGCCAGCAGUUUAUGAGUUACGGUAUUAACAAGCGUGGGAUUAUGGUAGUGCCAUWAAAAAAAAAAACAGUUGGUAACAGUAUUUUUGUGUUCCCUGCAUUCUGCUAAUAAAGCGCUUGUUUUGUUCUUUUUAUGUUUAUAGUUUUUGUAGCUGAAAAUAGCACAGUGCAGCAAUAAUCUUUUUAUAAUCUAGCAACGACUUUUUUGACUUUAUUUGAGAUAAACUGAAUUUUCUCCAGCAAUCUCUGUUUUUCAGGUUUUCCUCUGUUUUUGAUUAAUCAUGUCGAGCAUUGUAGUUGACAGCUUUAAAAGGAAAGUCAACCUGAAACUUACAGGAAUAUGUCGUCAGUGUUAUAAAGAAUACUAGCAACACACUGCAGAGUAUCAUUUAGCUGCAUGAUAAUUGAUAGUUAGAAAGAGAAUGUUGCAAGGUUCAUAGUGUUUCUGGUGACCACCUUGUGCUUGGAAUUCCUUUGAAACAUUCAAUGGCAUUUUUUUUAAAUGUAACCCUAUUAACAAGUAUAUUAAAUAUCAACAUGGGUUUUGUAGAAGUGCAUUUAGGAAUUUCUAAAACUUUGUUAAAAUUAUAACUGAAUUAACUUUUUAUAUCUGAAAUUAAUAGUCACAAAUUAGGCACCCAGUUAAAAUAACUUUUAAUUUUUAUAUAAUGGUAUGUUUUAAAGGUUUCAUAAGGUUUUUUUUACUUAGUUUAUAAUAAUAUUGACCAUGGUAAUAUCAAACUGCUUAUAACAUUCCUCUAAAAGUCUUGACAAUGGUCAGCAACAUUUAUAUGCAUUUUAAACUGUUUUGUAUCAUAGCUUUGGUACUUUAAAUUCCCAGGUAUUCAACAAAUAAUAUUGCAUGUUUUAAUUUAGAACAUUUAUAUAAUAUCACUUUUCCAUUGUAAGGAUCAUACUCCAUUGUAAAUAUCUAAACCUGUUUUUUGCAUUUAGCAAAAUGUUAUCAUUAAAUAUAUCUUUUUUGAUAUGUUUACUAAGGCUGAAAAUAUGCAAGUUUUAGAGUUACAGUAAAGGUUGAGACAGCAAGUUGUUUAUAUUCAUGAAGAGUACUCAUUAACAUAUCUUAAUGCCCACAUUUUUUGGACUGAAAAUAAAGGUUUAUUUUGAUCAUGACUCCUUUGAAAAGAAACUGCUAGUUUUUGAAACAUUCUCUAAGUGCUUUUGUGAUUUUGAAAUGACUUACUGCCAAGCAACCUUACCUUUAAUGGUAACAUGCAACCACUCCUAAUACUGACUUUGGUUACUAGAUUCUCUUUUCUCAAAACAUGUUUGAUUAGAGAAUAAAAUAGCUGAAGGUACUGUAAUAUAAUAGGGUAGGGAUGCUUGUUGGAAAUUUUGAAAAUGGCUCUCUAAGUAGGUAGAGAUCAGAUGAUGAACCAAAAAUGAAUAUCUUGAAUUACAACUGUCAUUACAGCUGUCAUUAUCUAACCUUGGGUCCUGAGAAACCAAAUCCUAGAAUUUUAAAAGGUACGAGGUUUCAGUAYGACAAGCAUCCCCAUCCUUUUCCAAUUCGAGUACCCCCCUGGGCACAUUUAAAAGUAACACAAAAGAAAGACCAGGACCAAAUCUUUUGUUAUCGUCAACCAAGAUGGUAGCUAUGACUUCACAUCCACUACAAAGAUGACUGUGAUUAAAAUAAAAGUAGCUAUUUUUAGCUAAUGAAGUUAAUGAUGCAACAUCUCUGUAAAUUAAGGACAAUGUCUCUUGUGUAGGAAUGUUUUGCUAUGGUAACUUAAUUUUGCAUAAUGUCAGCCUUAGUGCUCUUUAUAAGAGCAGACUUUGCAUGGUAUAAAUGUCUGUAAGAUAAUCUUCCAAUUAUACCAAUUGUUAUUGGACAUACAUAUGGAUAUAUUAAUUUACUAAUUAUUAAUUUUGUUACCAGUAUAUAAAUAUUGGUCAGAAUAGUGUUUUCUAGCAUUUAGCCAUUCUGAGUGGAGGGAAAAACUGGGUGGAGUAGCAUUGCAAUGCAUCAUGGGACUGUCUGAGGGGAUAUAUUUCUAACAUGGCAUCUAUUCGUCCAGUACCAUGAUGCACUGUAAUGACAACUUGACCCCGAUUUCUGCUCUUGGAAUGGCUAGUAGUAGUUACAUUCUGCAUGGGACGGGUGAGGGGAAUAUUCUCCCACCUGAAAUUAAUACUUGGUUACUUAAAUAACACCUAUUUUCAUAACCAAUUUUAUUUGUUUUGCCAUGUUUCUUCUUUGUUAAACUUGAACCAGGUUCUUGGAAAUUGAUUUUUGUUUUAGAAACAGUUGCUGGUGAACAAAAAAGUAAUACUCAAGAGAAAUAAUGUGGAGGAAAAUAGACCUAUAUAUUUGACUAGUAGCCAGUGAGAACAAGCUAAUAUUUUGUGCAUCGUUUGGUUGAAUACUCAUGAAAAUAGAUGUUAUUACACAUUGCUACUUUUUGUUUUGUAGUUUGCUGAUUUAUUUCCUUUGCUUUUCAUUUUCAUAAUCAACAUUUAUACAUUGAUAUAUUUGUAAACUUUUUGAUGACAAUAAAAAUUAUUUGUUAACAA